GAGUGGGUGGGCGUGGGAAAACCCUUGAGGAAGGGAACCAUUAGCGGCCUAAGGAGUUUGCUAGCUCGGGAACAGCCCGGAACCUGGUGCAUGGCCACGGAGUUACAGCAUCCAGACUCCAUGCCCUGUCACAACCAGAAAGUAAACUCUGCCUCAAACCCAAGUCCGGAGUUGCUGCGACCCGGAGACCGGAUCCUGGAUCCUACCGGGGGAAAGAGCGCUGCUGUGGCCAAAUUGACUCUUCUCAGUGGGCACGCCCAUUCUAGCCUGCCGGCUGAGUGUGAUUCUCAGGCCUGUGGCACCGCGAGCCUUAACUCUGAGAGCACCAGCGAUAUUCAUGAGAUUAACAACUGUGACGCACCUGCUGGCGACUCCCUCCUAGUGGACUGCGAAUUCUCUCAAAAGAUAGGGUCGCAGUUGAAACUUCUGCCUAUGAAUGAUCAGAUCCGAGAGCUGCAGACAAUCAUCCGGGACAAGACAGCCAGUAGAGGGGACUUCAUGUUUUCUGCGGAUCGUUUGAUCAGACUUGUUGUGGAAGAGGGAUUGAAUCAGCUGCCAUAUAAAGAAUGUAUGGUGACAACUCCAACAGGGUACAAGUAUGAAGGAGUAAAAUUUGAGAAGGGAAAUUGUGGGGUCAGCAUAAUGAGAAGCGGUGAGGCAAUGGAACAAGGAUUAAGAGAUUGCUGUCGAUCCAUACGAAUUGGAAAGAUUCUGAUUCAGAGUGACGAGGAGACACAAAGAGCCAAAGUAUAUUAUGCCAAGUUCCCACCAGACAUUUACCGGAGAAAAGUUCUUCUUAUGUAUCCAAUUCUCAGCACUGGAAAUACUGUCAUUGAAGCUGUAAAGGUUCUUAUAGAACAUGGAGUUCAACCUAGUGUUAUAAUCCUACUCAGUCUCUUCUCUACUCCUCAUGGUGCCAAAUCAAUCAUACAAGAAUUUCCAGAGAUCACAAUUUUAACUACUGAAGUUCAUCCUGUUGCGCCUACACAUUUUGGACAGAAAUACUUUGGAACGGACUAAGUUAUUGCAGGAAAGUGAAAUAUCUUAUGUAAUAUGAUGGUUAUAUUUUGAUUUUCUAUUUGUUUUACUAAUUUGAGGAAUGACAAAAAAUGGUAAAGAUGCUUUGAAAGUAGGUAUAGUAAAAAUGAAAAUUUUAAAGUAUUGAUUUUAUUUAGUUAUUUCUUAAUGGUUAGCACCAAAUUCUACAGUAAAGCACAUACACAAUCCUUAGAAAAGAUGGAAAUUUUAAUAAUACAAAUUGAUGAACCCUGAGUGCAUUGCAGUUGUUUCCUAAUUUGUGAUUCUUAGUUUAGGGGUUGCUUGCAACCACAAAGAAAAUCUAAAUAAGAGUCAGUUCGUUGGCCCACUAUAGUUUGUAUUUUGUUUAGGGUGCUUUUAGCUCUAAUAAUGUUUCAUGUAUGUGACUGUUGUCAUCUUUCUGUACUCUUUACUUCUUGGCUUUGUAAAUAUUGGUAACUCAGAGAGAAAAGAAACAAUAUACCUUUGGGGAUUUUAUAUUUUGCUUAAUUAUUCAAGUCAUAGACCCAGGAUGUGUGGUUAACUUUUUAGUCAGGUCAUUAUGUUUCUCAUGACUCUUUAUCCAAACUAUACAUUAUUGGUACAUGCUUUGCCAAACAUUAUGGUGAAGAAAAUUACUGGGCUCUUUUAGUAACUGGCACUUUAGCAUAAAUUGAUAGUGACAAAACCAGGGAUAUCUAAAUGCUGACAAAGGAGAACUGAGUACUGUUAAUGCUGUCAAUCUCUAGAAAAGAAUUUGUAGUGGUUUUUCUGAGGGGUGGGGAAAUAAAUGUUUUUUUUUUUUUUGCUAGAGAUCAUGGCCAAUAACUAAAGUAUCAUUUUAAUAUGAAUGUUUCUACUAGAAGUCUUUGAUUUUAAAAUUAGUUAUUUUGCAUGUUUGUCAACUGUACAUUUUUUGCAAUGGAGAAAAUAUAUUCUUUUUAAAAAUUUCCAUGAUUUGUAUUUGUUCAUAUUUAAGCUUCUGAAAGAGAGAGAUAUCAUUUUAGAAAUCAAUCUUGGUUUCUAAAAUUUGCUUGUGAAACCUUCAUCCUAUUUUACACUAAUAAUAAAAUAUUUUAACAAUG